AUGGAAUCAGAGCAUUCAUGGAACUGUCAAAAACCUUACAAGGUCCUUACAGUGCAAGCUGACACGAAAGAUUACGAACUAGCUAAGGAUAAGUCAGCUGUCAAAUCUCCGGCUACGAAGACAUGUCAAGAAGAUCUGAAAAAAGAAGCUGCCGAGCAGGAACCGGAAACUGGUCGAGAAAAUUCUAAAAACUCGAAAACCUUGAAAAAUCCAUCUGUCAAAAUCAUUGAGGACAAAUGUCUUGAAAUAGAUGAGGACAACAUCGUGGCGAGUGAUGAUGAUGAUGAUGAUAACUUCGAGGACUACACUCCAGAAGAGUCCAAGCCUCUUGUUAAAAAGACACGCAAGCGAAAGACUCGCGGAGCGUCAAACGCGACGGUUCCCAGUAAUAUCGUGUGCACGAAAUGCAACAAAAUGUUUCGCUGUGCAAAUAGCUACAAGAUUCACAUGCGCCUACACACGGGCGAGACGCCUUACAUCUGUCAUCUCUGCGGUAGAGGAUUCUGCCAGCCUGGCUCUCUUUAUUAUCACGUGAAGCAUGUGCAUCAGGGCAUCAAAAAUCAUGCCUGCGACAUAUGUGGUCGCUGCUUCGCCAUGAAGACCGCGAUGCGGGAUCAUCGUCGGAUUCACACUGGUGAACGGCCAUUCGUCUGCGAUUCUUGCAAGAAAACCUUCACGACAAAAGCAUCACUGUAUACACACAGUAAGAUACAUUCUCAAGAGUACGCAUUCUCAUGCAGCUACUGCAAGAAGCCCUUCCGUUGGAGGCAACAGAUGGUUAGUCACCUGACUACCCACACCAAGGAGAAAAAUCACGUUUGCGACGUUUGUGGCAAAGCUUUUGGCGUGAAGAACGAGCUAACGAGGCACAAGCUUACACACUCGUCGGAGCGUCCAUUCACCUGUUCAAAGUGUGGCCUUAGGUAUGGGCAAAAGAGGUAUUUGACGAAUCACAUGAGGACAAAGCACAAGGUGAAGGCGACCGAAAACGCAGCGACCAAUGUAUCAGGAGUAAAACACACUUAA